AAAGUAACACAGCAACACAGCAUCCGAUAAACACCUUCCUUUCUCUCUCUAUAAGCAUUUUUUCUCUCUCUUAAAACUCUUAUUCUAUCUCUCACUGAAUUGUUCAUCCCUGUGCAUAUUGAAGCUCCGGCCAUGGCGUCUGGAUCUUCGGGUCGUGGUAACUCUGCUUCCAAAGGCUUCGAUUUCGGCUCCGAUGAUAUCCUUUGUUCCUACGAUGACUACGCUAACCGUGAUUCCAGUUCCAACGGCAAUCACGCCGAUCCUGUCAUCGCUCCCAAUUCAACUAAGGUAUAUAUACCCAUGUGCGCUCUCGUCGUUUCGCGCGUUGACUCCGUCGUUUUUAGCCUCUAAGGGUAAUUUAGAACUUGGGUUUCUGUCGUUGAGAGGAAAAGCCAUUAGGGUUUAGGAAAUUUUUCGUUUUUAGAAAUUAAGUGGAAAUUUUGACGAUAGAGUUUUUGAUAUUUUUUUGCUGCAAUUUCCUUUAUACCUGAUCGUCGUUUUGGGUGUAAUUCAUUAAGCUCCCUUUGGUUCUUGGAUUGAAUAUAUUGUUGUUGGGACUUGAAAUUGAAAAUUAAAAAAAAAACAUUGAAGUGACUUGUUAACUUUGGAAAUUAUAGUUUCCUGGAAUGACUAGUAAAGUCUUGCGAUAUGAGUUGAAAUUUGCCGUUGAAUGUUUUACUAUCAAAUGAACGUUUUGGGGUGAAUGAAUGCGAAGAUUUUCUCUUUUGGGGUUGUAGAAUGGAUGGUCCUUCUGAUUGGUGAAGUUACUUUGACUUGUUGGUGCAACAGAAAUAUGAUUGUAGUAUGUUGAUGGCCUCAAGGUCUUGUGUUCUUGGAUUUGGUUUAGGGGAUGUGGAUUCUGGUGUGGUAUGAAUGCAUGGGCUGUUAAACUUUGAAAGAAGAGCAGUAUGUCAACUGGCUGAGAGUGAGAGGACAAAAGAAUGUAUUUAUGGUAGGCAUUUGUAUCCCUUGUUUGGAACUUGGACGUAUUGGGUUUUCUAUACUCAUACGCCUGCCUGAGCUAUUUAUGCAAUUUGAAAACGCUUAAAUGUUGAAUGAGGUCAACAUAGUUGACAGUUCACGGUUGAGGGAAUCAAUGAGGAAUUUAUGGCCACGUGUGGGAGGUAUAACAUUUUGAAGAAUCAGAUACUGUUAUAUGUUUAAUUGGAGCAGUCAGGUACCUUGAUGAUGAAUACGGCCGACUGUUUGUUUGGUACUUCAUUGAGCAAUCCUCACUUGCAAAACUGGAAAUAUAAUUUUUUAUUGGCCUAUUUUUGUUUGGAUAUGCGAGGAUGGGGGUAUGUAAGUUACAGGUUCAAUCCACAAAAUGCUUAUUGUGGGAUUUUCACAAAUCUAGGAUGGCAAGGACGUCAAUGUUUCCUGCUACUGCCUAUAAUCCGCCUGAAGAUUCUUUAAGCCAAGAUGUGAUUGCGACUGUAGAGAAGAGUAUGAAAAAAUAUGCUGACAACCUCAUGCGAUUUCUUGAGGGAAUUAGUUCAAGGCUGUCACAGUUGGAAUUAUACUGCUACAAUCUUGAUAAAUCUAUUGGAGAAAUGAGAUCUGAUUUAAAUCGUGACCAUGGGGAACAAGAUUCAAAGCUCAAAUCUCUUGAAAAGCACCUUCAGGAAGUUCACAGGUCUGUCCAAAUUUUAAGAGACAAGCAAGAGCUGGCUGAGACUCAGAAAGAAUUAGCCAAGCUUCAACUUGCUCAGAAAGAAUCAUCUUCCUCAAGUCAUUCACAGUCCAAUGAUGAGAGAUCCUCUCCUACCACAGAUCCUAAAAAAACAGAUAAUUCAUCUGAUGCAAGCAACCAGCAGUUGGCUCUUGCCCUGCCUCAUCAAAUUGCUCCUCAGCCACAGCCUCCGGCACCCCCAACUCAAGCUCCUGCACCAAGUGUGACUCAAGCUCCUCAACAGCCUCCUUAUUACAUGCCACCCACCCCUCUGCCAAAUCCAGCAGUGGCCCAGCUCCCCCAGAAUCAAUAUUUAGCUUCUGAUCAACAAUAUCGAACACCCCAACUAGUGGCUCCACAACCAACGCCAUCACAGGUGACUCCUACCCCACCUGUGCAACAAUAUUCUCAGUAUCAGCAGCCAACGCAGCAGCAGCAGCAACAGCAAUGGCCCCAGCAGGUGCAACCCUCCCAGCCACCCCCAAUGCAAUCUCAAAUAAGACCCCCCUCAUCUACUGUGUAUCCUCCAUACCAGCCAAGUCAAGCAGCUAACUCAUCACCUACAGAAACACUGCCAAACAGCAUGCCCAUGCAAAUGCCAUAUUCAGGGGUUCCACCACCGGGAUCUAGCCGCCCCGAUGCCAUGCCAUAUGGAUAUGGAGGGGCUGGUAGAACAGUUCCACAGCAACCUCCACCACCCCAGCAGAUGAAGGGCUCUUUUCCUGCACAACCAGGUGAAAUGUAUGGAACUCCCGGCACCCACCCCUCCCUUCCUCCUCCUGGUAGUGCAUACAUGAUGUAUGAUGGUGAGGGAGGAAGAGCAACACAUCAUCCACCCCAACCUCCUCAUUUUGCUCAAGCUGGAUAUCCUCCAACAAGUGCUUCCCUUCAGAACUCCCCAGGUCAUAACCUUAUGGUCAGGAAUCCUGGCCAGUCACAAUUUGUCCGCAACCAUCCCUACAAUGAGUUGAUUGAGAAAUUGGUGAGCAUGGGAUUCAGGGGUGACCAUGUGGCAAGUGUGAUCCAGAGGAUGGAGGAGAGUGGGCAAGCCAUUGAUUUCAACUCAGUACUUGACAGGUUGAAUGUGCAUAGCUCUGUGGGUCCCCAGAGGGGAUGGUCAGGUUGAUGAACAACUUUUCUGUCUGAAUAGUACUUUGUCUUCCAACUGAAUGCUCUGUUCAAUCCCUCAAAUCAUUGCGUGUUUUAUUAUGCAUGGAAUAAAAGUAUUAUGUGAUGUGCACGGUUUAUCAUCGUAUGUAAAUGUCUUGAGAUGUGAGGAUUAUCUAGUAUUUAUGCAGAAAAUCCUUCACUUGCUUUUAUUUUUUUUAAUUUAUAUUUUAAAGAAGCAUAUGAAACUUUCAACUUAUUGAUAAUCUACCCCUUUGGUUAUCCCACAU